AUGAGUGAGGCGAAAUUGGCGAAGUCAGAAGGCGCUGAUACGGACCUGUACGAUGCAGCAAUUGAACCGUCCGGGAAGAGCGAAUCAGCGCAGAAGUCGGGCACAACACAAGGCAACAACGCUCAAAACAAAGUGCUUCCAUCCCUGGGAACGGGUCAAAAUAGCCCAGGGCGAAGAUACUGCUGUUAUGUUGGAAAUAUGACAUGGUGGACAACGGACGUGGAUCUGCAAACUAUGAUAUUGUCUUGUGGCGCAACAAACCUGAUCGAUAUCAAAUUUUAUGAAAAUCGAAAUAACGGCCAAAGCAAAGGAUUUGCUCUGGCAGUGUUCACAGCCGAAAGCUCCGUUAAAACAGUGAUGGAUAAACUGCCGCAGAAAAUGCUGCACGGACAGCCGCUUGUUGUCCUCCCAUACACCAAAUCAUCGUUGGCGAAAUUUGAGGAUGCAACAAGACGUGUUGAUCAGCGAAACGAUAAGAAAGAUUCGAAGAAGGAGGAGCAGAAGACGUCAUUCGUUGGUACCAUUCGUAUUGGUAUGCCACCACAACCGCUACAGCCAGGACAAAUGUCAGUCCCACCACCGGUGCCAAUCAGACCCCAAGUACAGGUUCCACCACCAAUCGCCUCGAUGCGCCCACCAACACAAGUGGCAGUAAUGUUGCCGCCGAACCAACAGCCUCCGCAAAUGCGCGGCCCUCCGCCAACUUCGCAACCGCUACCGUUGGGCGCACUUGGCGUUACACGGCCUCCAGUGAAUCUGAGUGCACCACCUCCAGCUCUCCCACAAGUUCAGUUAUCAAGUGCUCCAUCGAUGAGUCGACCACCACCUGGAUUCGGGCAACAGCCACCACAACAGAUGCCACCGAUGUCCUCUGCAGGGAACACAGGACCCACAAGCAAUACCCAAUCGAUUGCAGGUAUGGCACCACCUGGUGCUCCACCAACCACACAUCCGCCACCUUCGUUUCCUCCGCCCGGAGCGCACAUCAACCCGCAAGUGUACCGACAAUCAUCAGUUUCCAACAACGUUGACGGAUUAACCGAUGCAGAAUUCGAAGAAAUAAUGAACCGUAACCGGACGGUCUCAUCCUCAGCGAUUACACGUGCUGUUAGUGAUGCGGCUGCCAAUGAUUUUACAUCGGCCAUAGAAACACUGGUCACGGCAAUAUCUCUAAUUCGUCAGAGUCGUGUUGCGAAUGACGAUCGCUGCAAAGUACUGGUUUCGUCACUACAGCAUCGAUCAACUCGUGAUCGUUCACGCUCACCGUCGGAGCGUUCUCGAAAGCGGCAUCGUCGCUCAUCGCGAAGUCGAUCACGUUCGCGCGAGCGUUAUGAUUACUCGCCGCGGCACUCGUCUUCAUCAGGUCGUCGCGCCUAUUAA